AUGCGGGGUGGGUGCCCAGAGAUUCCAUCGGAGCUAUGCUUGUUCCUUAUUCGGGAGAUUGAAUCGGCGCGUGGUGACGCUAUGUUGAGGUACCAGAACAUCUUCGUGCUCGAUUGGCGAAAACUUCAGCGUGGCGGUGCAAUGGUGCACUUGUUUGCGGGGUCACAGCGGUGGGAGCAUCCAGAUGGAAAGCCUUCGGUGUCAUUAGAUAUCUCUAGGGGGUUCGAUCUAAUCGACGAUGCCCUCUUCCAUUACCUGCUGGAGCUUGGCAGGGCCGGUGCAAUUGAAGCAUUGGUUGGAGCGUUGCCUAGUGGGACGUUCCGGUUUGGUGUUCCUACCCUUACGGAUGAAGAAAAGUUCAAAGUUGAUCAAGACACGGUUAGGAGGCUGCACGCGCUGAUGGGACUAAGGAACGGGGACGAUAAGCACAAGGCCCUUCAUGACUGGUCUAAGGGAUGGGCGCACGUUGUGAGAUCGUCGGAGGAAGUUGUCCAAGAGGGCAUUGGAGCAGUUCAGAAAGCAUUGUCUGGCGGGACACAGACCUUGGAGACCAGACUGUGCUGCAUGCCUUGUCCCCACCGGACUGAAAGUGCUGAGGAUCAGGCUGCUGCGUCUGAUGCGAAAGCUACUGAUCAUGCAAUUCCCCUUCCGGGGGAGAUGUCUGAGGGAGAGGCAGAGGGUGCAGUUGAGGAUGACGGUGGGGGCGUAGGUGCAGUGCAGGAUAACGAAUGGGAGACGCCAGAAGCCGAUGACCCAGCGUUUGUUUUGUCCGAAAGCGACAAACAUAGGAUUAAGGCUGAAAAUGACAAGUGGAAGGUCAUCGCUGAGGGCUGUGCUGAGAUUGCUCAUGAAGUUGUAGAUAUCCCUAUGGUGGAGAUUCUGCCGAUGAAAUCUGCAAAAGCGAUUGUAAGUGCCUUGAACAGGUUUUAUGCGCGACUGCGGUCUUGGGGGCUGCCUGUCUAUAGGCUGCAUAGCGAUAGAGCUAGGGAGCUUACGGAUCCGCUUGUCACGCAAUGGGCCGCGCACCGUGGAAUCUACAAGACAACUACUGUACCUGAACAGCCGGCUGGAAAUGGACGUGCGGAGAGACUGGUGGGGAAGCUUAAACAGCAAGCCCGCGCGUUGUUGCACUCCACAGAUGCAGGCUAUGCUCUAUGGCCACAUGCCGUCAGGUAUUCUUGCGAGGGCCUUCAAAGGGCUCAGCUGCAUCGCUUGGGCAUGGAUGUUCAGCCGUUGGUCCCCUUCUACUCUUUGGUUAAGUUUCGGGCACGCACGUGGCGGGAUGAGCAAUGGGGAACCCGUACGCCUAGAUUGUAUGCCACUACAUUGGUGUAUCGAAACUUUGUGCCGGAGCCGGAGCCUCCUCAGGGAGAGGCUUCUGAGGCUGAGGAGGUUCUCCGACUUCCGGAGACUGAGGGAAUGCUUAAGGCUUUCCAGUCGUGUGGAGGAACAGCCUUAGCAGAUCUUCUGAAGAUAGCUGGAGAGGAAGGUGACACAGAUGAGCAUACGGAUGAGCCCGCUUCUCAGCCAGAUGCAAGAAUUCUUCUUGAGGGGCGUAGAUUAGCUUCCAUAUCAGCCAUGCGAGAGCAAGAGCAAGCGUUGGUGAAGGAAUUACAAGCUGGUCAUGUUGAGCUUGCGAUGUCCACUGCUGAGCUUUUGGAGCAAAUGGAUAACUCUGUAUCGUGCAUAGAGUCUCUGUUGGAGUCGUUGUCCGGUCAAACUACUUCCGAAUGGGAAAGUGAGGGCCAGUCGCGAAGCGAUAUCAGCCUGAGAGCUCUUGAUGCUGAAUCAGAUGUUCUUCAAACAAAAAUGGUCCCGAUUGCUGAAGUGGCUAAGGACAUUGAAAACUGGAAGUCGGCCUUGUCAGACGAACUGUCCAGUGUGACCACUGUUCACAAGGCAGGCUUUAUCAUAUCGGAAGAGGAGGCCAGGAGUUUGGAGAGUAAUCCUGAGGUGGAGGUGUUGCGUGUCCCAGGAAAAGUUGUUGCGAGUAUUAAACCACCAUUUAAGCGGAAAGCGCGGUUCGUGGCUUGCGGGAAUUACCUCACGAGGCCCAAGGAGUCGAAAUCCCCCACUUUGGAUCGUCAUGACCUGUACUCAGCAGGUCUGGACAGCUUUGCUCUCCGAACGCAGUUAGCGAUUGGGGCGUAUAAGCGUUGGCACUGUGCAUCGCUGGACGUAAAGACGGCAUUCCUGACAGCACCUCUGCAGCAGCCACGUGCUACAAGCAAGACUGGUAAAGAGAGGAUUGUCUUAGUGCGGGUACCGCGCGUUAUGGUCCUUGCCGGUCUCGUGCCACCGGGCUCAUGGAUGCGCGUUGAAGGCGCUCUGUACGGACUCCAGGAAUCACCUCAUUCUUGGGGAAACUUCCGUGAUGGAAAGCUGCAGUGUUUGACUUGGCGUACACCUUCCGGAAAGAAGGUUUUCCUUGAGCAAUGCGCAUCCGAUGUUUCGGUAUGGCUUAUAAAAUCUGAGGGUCUUGUGGUAGGUCUUUGUGGAAGUGUUCUGAACCAGAGUAUGCCAGCAAACCAGGUGGAUUUCGCUUUUGCGGUCUCCAAAUUGAAGAGCGCAAUGGUGGAAUAUGGAUUCACCAACGGGAUUACCUCGUCGAUCUAUUUUCUAAGUAUCCGCACUUGA